AUGAUUGUUUGGAAAAGCACGUUGAGUACCACCACGAGGGUCAAUGACGUAGCGAUCCUGCGCACUGCCGUCAAUAUAGCCUUCAGUGCAAGCGUACAACCUGCAUACAUCGCUGGCGGCGCGUAUAGACUGAGCCUUAAUGAUCAAGUCGUGGCGAUUGGCUGGGGUGCUACUGUUGCGUCAGGUCCAUCCUCUCCAGACCUUCGCCACGUGCAGGUGUGGGUGAACGACCAGCAGACGUGCGUCGAGCGGUACGACGCGUUAAACGUAACAGUGGCGGACUCCAUGUUGUGCGCCGGAUUCCUUGACGUUGGCAUUCGGGGACAGUGUUUAGGCGACAACGGCGGGCCUCUUCUGCAUAACGGCGUGGUGGUGGGGGUCCACUCGUGGUCACGGAGUUGCGCGGACCCCCUGUUCCCCGACCUCAACACGAGGGUCUCCAGUUACUCUCGCUGGAUAGAAGCAACUGCUACUGCAGAUACAAUUAAUAUACUAAAGAUUGAAGAGUAGGGUGGA